AUGGCUGACAACAUGCCCACUGAACCCAUCUUACAACACGAGCACGACCUGCCCGACAUCCCCCCAGAACACAGUUCACGGCGACACUGUCUCAAGGAGCAUGUCGGCGGCAGCGAGAACGCGACCCCGGCCGAAACCGACGGCGAGUCGGAUGUGGACGACGACCCAGAGCACGCGCGACAGCUGGCGCUGGAGACGUCACUGCGGCACGCCGAAAGGCAGCUCGAGGCCAAGCCGCCCAUGGACGUGGUGGAGAUGCGGCACGAGGCCCACCCAACGGGGGCGACGGUGGCCACUGUCAUUGCCGUCGCGCUGUUGGUCACAGCCACGUUCGGAUUCAUCAUUGGAACUGCCGAGCUGAAGCGGUAUUACCUUGCCAACAACGUAGCGGGCGGCGACUACAAGAAGAUUGCAUGGAUCCCGACCGUGCAAGUGGCCCUCGCACUGUGCGCCGCUCCAGUAUUCACAUGGGUCAAGCACCCCGCCGUUGCUGUGAUCCCCGGCACUGUCGCGGCAUUCGGUGCCCUUAUCGGCCUUGCCUUCUGCACAGAGUACUAUCAGUUCCUCCUCGCGCAUAUCCUCUUUGGCCUCGGCGCCAGCGUCUGGCUUCCAGCCAUUCUCGCUGUCACCGCGACGCACUCGUCCGCGCCCAGCCCCUGGUACCAUGGCUUCCCGAUUGCGCUCGGAGGCGGCACUGGAGCUCUCAUCUAUCCUGUGAUCCUCCACAAACUCUUCGCACACUUCUCGUUCCGGACCACGAUCCUCAUCACUGCGGGCAUUACGGCAGGACUCAUGCUCCCAUCGUGGAUCUUGAUCUGGUCGCCGAGGCGGUUCCAGCACUACACGCUGAGCCCGCCGUGGUCGGACGCAGGGUACGCGUUCCUCGUGCUGGGCACAGCCGUGUUCAUGAUCAACAUCUUCUCGCCCAUCUUCUACGCACCAGUCCUGACAAUGGCCGACCGCAUCAGCAAAGGCGUAGAAGACUACGCCGUGGUCAUUAUCGGCGGCGGCCUGCUCGUCGGCGCACUCGCCGCCCGCGGCAUUACCUUCCUGUUACCGUGGACGUGGGCGAUCUUUGUGUGUUCCGGCUUUGCCACUUCCAUGGUCGCGUUCGCCUUUUGGACCGGCGCAAAGGGCACGGGGGCCAUGGUCGUCGGUCUCCUGUUCUACGGAAUUACCACUGGAGUGUGGGCUUCCUCCCUGUCUGGCGUGGUGCGGCUCAUUUCUCCACCUGAAGAGCUGGGGACCCGGCUGGCCCUGCUGGCGGCUGUCGGUGGACUGGCGGGGUUGGCUGGGCCGCCAGUGUGCGCUGUGCUCAUCAAGGUCCACGACAAGGACGAGUUCCUGUACGCCGGCGUCUACAUGGGCCUCAGCUUCCUGGUGGGAUCCAUGCUCCUCGUCCUGCCGCAGAUUGCGGGCAGCUGGGCGCGCCAGGGCGAGCGAGACCAUGGAAGUGACUGUAGCAGCCUCGACUCGUCACUGACAGACCUGGAGGCGCGUGCUGAGACUGUGACAUAG